AUGGAUAUCACCAAAAAGAUGCUUAUCGUAUUUCUUCUCACUAUUCUUUUUGUCAAAUCAUCGGUUCAUUGUUCUGAUAGCACUCUUGGUGUUGGAAUUAAGCAAAAUUGGAAAAAAUGCUUCAGCCCAGCCCCGUGUCAAAAAGCAGGGACGCAAGGCUGCAUGGAGUUUUGUAGAAAUAUAAGCUUUUUACUAUUUGGUGAAUGUACUACUAAUUCUGAUCAAUGUUGUUGUGUGACUAAGACAAAAUAAUCUAAUCAAAGAUUGAUAUUUUCUAGUCCUGAUAAUUAUACUGUUAUUAACCUCGGAGGUUUAAGAUUACAAAUCCAAAGAAGCUAUUUCUUCAAUCUUCUUAUAAAUAGCCUUAUUGGUUUUGCUCUUAAAAUAUUUUGAGCCCAAACAAGUGGCCCACUCUAUAUCUGGUCAGCAAAAAUGAUGUUGGAUUUUAGAAGCCAAGCCUUCUAAAUUUUGGUAAAGAUCUGUUUCCAUCCGAGAGCAUUUGGGAAAAUGGGUC